AUGGUCUUCCCACAACAUCCAAAUGCAACAAAUGAUAUUCUGCUGUCAUUGAAAGGUAAACGUAUUCGACUGGGAGAUCACGAAUUCAAACUGGUUCAUGAUAUUGCCACUGGACCAUUUUCUUCUGUUUUUCUUGUCGAAGAGAACGGAAUUUCGUAUGCGAUGAAGGUAGAAGCACAGAAUAAAUGCUUGCGUCCAGUGCUCAAGCUGGACCAUGCCGUGCUCCGUGCUCUCAGCCAUCAACCUGGAUUCCCAUCUCUCACUGCCUCUGGACGAACCGAUAGUUUCAAAUAUGUUGUCAUGCAAUACGUUGGUCCUGAUCUCUCAACUCUUCUCGAAUUUUCUCCUCAACGUCGUUUCUCUUCUUCUACUGUCUAUAAAAUAGCCCUUCAAACUUUGGAUCGUCUCGGUGUUCUUCAUGAAGCAGGAUGGUUGAAUCGAGAUGUUAAAGCUCAAAAUUUCGCAGUUGGACUCGGAGAAGAAAGUAGUAUUGUCUAUAUGUUGGAUUUUGGACUCACGAGAAGAUAUCUUGAAAACGACGGAAGCCGUCAUCUCCUCCGUCCGCAUGGUCCAUCAGUCGGUACUUUCCCUUAUGCUCCGUUAACUUCUCUCGGAUUCUGUGAUCAAGCUCCGAUUGAUGAUAUCGAAGGAUGGCUGUACAUGGUGAUACAUCUACUGACUGGAGGUCUUCCAUGGCACAAUCCCAGACGAGCUCUUGAUCUUGCGAAAGUGAGAGAAUGGAAAAUGUAUUGUCGUCGUCCUGGUGGAAAACUUCGAUUGUUUGCUGGUGUUUCGAAUGGAUGGAGAGAUGUUUUCGAUGUUAUUCUCAACACAGCACAUAAUCAAAAACCGGACUACAACAAAAUCGCCAAUAUGGUUCUAUCUAUUGCUCGAAACGAGAAAAUCGACUUGUCAGCUCCAUUCGAUUGGCAAGUCAAUCCAGUACUUCGAUCAAUAGUUCGUCUUGGUCCGUUGAGUUGUGAUGAGUUGACAAGUAUUCCAUUGAGCAGUAUUCCUAUGUCUACGAUGACAGAAGAGAUUCGACUCCGUACGAUGGCAUCUCCUAUCGGAACUUGUUAG